GUUCCAUUCUUAUAUUCGAGUUUCGGGACCCCAUGCGAAAAGACUUGGAGCCUUAUCUUGAAGACUCCUCAAUGCGAUAACGGUGACCUUUUCCUCUCCACUUGACGAGGCCCCCUCUACUUCUUCUGCAUCCUGACAAUGUCUGACAUAUCCGAGUUCAAACCUUUGCUCAACCAGAGCGUGGGAUACGGCGUGGUAGUCGGCGUCGGCUUCUUCUUCGCCGCUCUCAUGCUUGUAUUGACUUUCCUACAAGCCAAAUUCUCCAAGUUCUCACCUUCUUCAUCCGAGGAAUUUUCGAGUGCAUCCAGAAGCGUGAAGCCGGGUCUUGUGUGUUGUGGGAUUGUUAGCGCGUGGACAUGGAGUGCGACAUUACUACAAUCAAGUACAGCAGCGUAUACAUUUGGGAUAAGCGGACCAUGGUGGUACGGCGUAGGCGGAACUAUCCAACUGGCCUUCUUUGCUAUGAUAGCGGCCAAAAUCAAGAUGAACGCAAAUGGCGCACAUACGUUCCUUGAGAUCGUGAAAGUACGAUUCGGAACCGCGGCACAUCUACUGUUCACCUUCUAUGCAUUCUUAUGCAUUCUGGUUGUGUGCGGCUCGCUUCUCCUCGGCGGCGCGGCUACAGUGACGGCACUGACAGGCAUGAAUAUCAUCGCGGCGUGUUUCCUUCUGCCUAUUGGCAUCGCCGUUUAUGUAGUCUUCGGUGGCCUCAGGGCUACGUUUGUCUGUGAUUGGGCUCAUACAAUCAUUCUCUUUAUCGUCAUUUAUAUCUUCCUCGCCCGUACCUAUGCAACAUCGUCGGAAACCGGGGGUAUUUCCAGCAUGUAUGAACUGCUGAAGCAAGCUUCUGUGGACACUCCUGUACCAGGGAACCAGGACGGAAGCUAUCUUACAAUGAAGUCGAACCAAGGCAUGGUCUUUGGUGCGGCUACCAUUCUGUCUGGAUUUUCGGGAGUUUUCUGUGAUCAAGGUUAUUGGCAGCGCGCAAUUGCUAGUGCUCCACGCUCGACAACAAAGGCUUAUAUGCUCGGUGGGCUGUCGUGGUUCGCGGUUCCUUGGGCGUUCGCAUCCUGCCUUGGUAUGGCGGCUCGUGCACUUGUUCAUAACCCUAAGUUCCCUACCUUCCCGAAUCCCCUCUCGGACGCGCAGACAAGUGCUGGAUUGGCUGCUCCUGCCGCAGCUGCCGUUCUCAUGGGCAAAGGUGGAGCCGUAGCUAUUCUUCUUGUGGUAUUUAUGGCAGUGACUUCCGCCGCUAGCGCGGAGCUCAUCGCUGUCUCCAGCUUAUUCUCCUACGACUUAUACAGAACAUACUUCCGCCCUAAAGCUACUGGAGCUGAGAUUGUUCGUGUGUCGCACUAUUUUAUAUGCUUCUGGGCGGUUUGGAUGGGCGCAUGGGCCACGAUUCUUCACAAAGCGAGCAUCGACCUGGGUUGGCUGUUUUACGUCCAAGGAGUCGUUUUGAGCCCAGCCGUCGUCCCAAUCGGGCUUACCGUCACCUGGUCGAAACUUACACGAGCUGGAGUGUUUUCUGGAUGCAUCACGGGCGCAAUUCUCGGAAUGCUGGCCUGGAUGAUUGGCUGCUGGAAAAUAUAUGGCGUUAUUAAUAUUGCUAACUUGGCCAAACCCUACUCGGCAGUAUGUAGCGGUCUGACUGGGCUAUUAUUCUCCGGAACCCUUACGGUGUUAGUUUCCUUGGCCAAACCAGCGAAUUACGACUUCAAGGGAACGCGAGAAAUUCUCGUCUACGAUAGCGUUACCAUCGAUAGGAAAGCUUCGACUGAAUCGGUCGACGAUUCAAAUGUAGGCGCUGAGGCCAACUUCACGUCAGAAAACGAGAAGAAAGUUGGGGAGAAGACUUCAAUUAAGGAAGUCGCAGUUCCGGACAAUGCUAGCACCACACAUGACGAUCAGGCAGUCGACCUCGAGACUCUCCAGCGUAUAUUCAGGAAAGCCACCUUAUAUUCAAUCGCUUUGACACUCGUGGUGGCCAUCAUUGUGCCCAUACCCAUGUUCUUCUCACAUUAUGUCUUCAGUAGGGCAUUUUAUACGUUCUGGACAGCGUGUACCAUUAUCUGGGUCGGCAUGAGUGGUCUAUUCUGUAUCGUCCUUCCACUUUGGGAGUCCCGACGAGAAAUAGGUGUUAUUGGACGAGGGCUUCUAAUGCUCUUACUCCGUCGAAAUAUCAUGAAUGGAGACGUAGACAAGCGACCAAGCAUUCACUCUGAGUCAAGCAAUGCAUAAAUUCCAAGGCUAAAUACUUAUUAGAGACCAAAUAGAGUCACCAUAGUGGAAAUAUACACGCU